AUGGCGAGUAAAAUAGAUGAAGCUGAAGAGCUGGUACAAAAGGCCCAGAAAUGUUUGAAGACGUCUUUUUUGAAACGAUCGCCUGAUAUUGACAGCGCAUUGGAAUAUUACGGCAGGGCUGCAGUAAUUUAUCGGAACGCAAGGAUGCUCCAAGAAUCGGCCGAUAUUUACAUGCAGAUUGCCGACCUUCAUGGGAAAAAACAGUCCUUUUUCCAUUGCGCCAAAGCCUACGAAACAGCAUCUCUAUUGUUUCGUGACAUUGGGAAUUUUGAUAAAGUGGUUGAAUGCAUUAAAACUGCUGGACAACUUUUAAGACAAAGUGGUGUUCCUGAUUCUGCAUCAAUUCUCUACUCUAAAGGUGCAAAAGUAUUGGAAGGAAGUAUGCCUGAGGAAUCAGCCCGAUUUUACGAGUGUGCAGCAGAUACAUCUGAGUUAGAGGAAAAGUACCUGCAAGCGGCGGACUUUGCCGGCCAGUCAGCUCGCCUGUGGACGCGUCUGCGACGAUUCAACGAGGCUGACCGUCUCCUGCGCUACCAGAUGCGUCUCACUUCUCUCGGUGCCAGCAGAGAGAACGUCUACACUACCUACCAGGCCUGUGGAAAGGCGGUCGUUGCCUUGGUGAUCCUGAAACUUGUUCAAGAGGACUCAGUAGCUGCGGGGAAGGUUUAUGAGGAAGCUGUGAGACAGUAUCACUUCGAUGAGACUGAUGAUGCAGCGGCGGUGGCGAAACUGCUCCAGGCCUGCGAACCCUAUGACUCUAACGCGGUGGCUAAGGUGAUCACCUUGCCGACUUUUCGAAAUCUGGAAACGGAGUUUGCACGUUUGGCUCGGUCGAUCAAAUCCUGUGAAGGCUUUGGAGAUCGAGCGUUGUCUGCUGCUCCGGCCAACGAAGAUGAAUCCGAAGAUAUUUGUUGA